ACCGCACUGUGUGUCUCUUAAAUGAAAUUGCUAAAGUCUACACAACAGGCGUGUUGUCGACUUUUUCAACAGGAAUUAAACCAAAAAAUGAGAAGUGUCCAUUACCCCUCUCAUCUAAUUUUCCCCCCUUUCCCGUAACCCAUUUGAACAUUCCAGAUUUCAGUAAAUCCCUAACCCUAGCCAGCGGGCGUCGAAUCUCUCAUCCCGUCUCCAAGAUUUAUUCACGCCGUCAACAACAGGUUGCUGGAAAACCAACAUACCUACACCUACGACGUAGCAAGAAACGGAUCACUUACAGAGGGACUUAUCUGGUGAUCAGCCUACCAAACAUUUUACACAGCCAUUGUGCCAUACCCACGAUGAGAACUCCAGUUAAUUCAGCGAGAUUACUGAUGAUGCUUGAAGACAUCAUGCUAUUAUACCGGGUAGAGAGCACAAUUCUCGUUCAGCGUUACAUCAGAGCCCGCACAAACCGUGGUAGGCGUAGGAUCAUUGAACAUGCGAGGCAGUACAGCUUGAUAAGCAAGGAUCCUCAGCAAUUGAUUCACUUGGAACGACUCAUUCAUGUCACUGAUGUUGACUGCAUAGCAAACUUGAGAAUGGAUCGCAACACAUUUGGGAAGUUGUGUCGCAUCCUUACUGAGCAGGGAGGCUUGAGAACAGGGAAAUGCUUAGGCAUUGAAGAACAGGUGGCGAUUUUUGUGGGCGUCUUAGCGCAUCACAAUAAAAACCGCAUUGUUCGUUUCAGUUUUUCCAGAUCCGGUUCGACAGUGUCCCAUUACAUGAACAAGGUUUUGGGGGCUGUUUUGAGUCUCCACAGAGUGUUAUUGGCGAAGCCUACACCAGUGUCGGCUGAUUGUACUGAUAACAGAUGGAAAUGGUUCAAGGGCUGUCUCGGUGCACUCGACGGUACACACAUCAACGUACUGGUUAGCAACAGUGACAAACCACGUUAUCGCACGCGAAAGGGGUCUAUUGCAACGAACACCUUGGCUGUUUGCGAUCGCAAUAUGCAGUUUGUUUAUUUCCUACCUGGUUGGGAAGGGUCCGCCGGUGAUUCUCGCGUACUCAGGGAUGCUGUGGCGCGACCCAACGGGCUAAGAGUUCCACAGGGCUGUUACUAUUUAUGUGACAACGGCUACGCCAAUAGCAACGGGUUUCUGACGCCGUACAAAGGGGUUCGAUACCACCUCAAGGAAUGGGGCAUAGGGAAUGCACAGCCACAAAAUCCGAAGGAAUUGUUCAACAUGAGGCACAACAAGGCUAGGAAUGUGAUCGAGAGAGCAUUUGCGGUUUUGAAGAUGCGUUGGGGGAUAUUACGUAGUGCGUCUUUUUACCCAAUUCAAACACAAAUCAGGUUAAUCAUGGCGUGUUUCCUUCUCCAUAAUUUUAUACGACUCGAGAUGAACACCGACCCCUUUGAAGCAGCGGUUGAUGGAGAGAGCUCAGCAAAACAUAGCCCAAAACUGAAGCGGUGAACACCAUUGUACAAUCUGAUGCAAGUGGGCCACACCUUAUCAAUUCUGCUCUGUUUUAAUUCUGCCCAGCCCAAUCAAUCUUAGCGAACGAGUCCUUAAAGUUAUAGAACUUUGUCUCAGAAACUCAUGAUUUUUAGAAGAAUUAAUUUCAUAAUUUGUAUGAUACUUUUAUCAUAUCGAUUAUUAAAGUUUAUAGUACUUUGUUUCCGUUUA